AUGGAGGCAAGAAGAUCUGGAAACUAUGAACCAAGCAUUUGGAAUGAUGAUUAUUUGCAGUCAUUAUCUAAUCCUUAUGUGGGAAAAGAGUACUUGGAACUUGCUGAGAAUCUGAAAGAAAAGAUGAGAAUUAUCAUCAAUGAAAUGGAAGACGAGCUAGAUCAACUUGAGCUUAUUGAUAGUUUGCAAAGGCUUGAUGUUUCUUACCACUUUCGGGAUGAAAUAAAGAAAUUAUUGGAGCAAACGUACCAAAAUAGUACUACUGGUCAAAAUAACGAGAACGAAAAGAAUUUAUAUUCAACAGCUCUUAAAUUUAGACUCCUUAGGCAGCAUGGAUACCAGGUCCCUCAAGAGGUUUUCUGCAGUUUCAUGGACGAGGGAGGAAAUUUCCGUGCAGAACUUUCUGGUGAUAUCGAGGGAGUUUUAUCUAUGUAUGAAGCUUCAUUUCUGUCCAUGGAAAAUGAAGGCAUCCUUGGUGAGGCCCGAAAUUUUGCAACUCGACAUCUCAAGGAAAAACGCCAGCAUAUUACAGACCAGGGUCUUGCUGCAGAAGUCAGCCAUGCACUGGAGCUUCCACUGCACUGGAGAGUGCAGAAACUAGAAGCAAAAUGGUUUAUAAAUGUAUACGAGAAUAGACACGACGCAAACCUUAUUUUACUUGAACUUGCUAAGUUGGAUUUCAACAUCGUACAGGCUAUAUAUCAGGAUGAAAUAAAGCAAAUGUCAAGGUGGAAUAAAGAAACUUGUCUUCCAGAAAAGUUGAGCUUUGCUCGGGACAGAUUGGUGGAGUGUUUCUUGUGGGCAUUGGGAUUCACUCCAGAACCUCAAUUUGGAUACUGUAGGAAGGUUUUAACCAAGAUUGCUGUAAUGGUAACAAUAAUAGACGACAUAUAUGAUGUAUAUGGGAGCUUAGAUGAACUUGAACUUUUUACCGAUAUAGUGGAGAGAUGGGACAUCAAUGCAUUGAACCAGCUUCCAGAGUACAUGAGGAUGUGUUUCCUUACUCUCUUCAACUCCACUAAUGAAAUGGCUUACAACAUUCUUAAAGAUCAAGGUCUCAACAUAAUCUCGAACGCUCGGAAAUUGUGGGCAGAGCUUUGUAGACAUUUCUUGAUGGAAGCAAGAUGGUACAACAGUGGGUAUUUUCCCAGCCUCAGUGAGUACCUAAACGCAGCCUGGAUAUCCAUAUCUGGACCUGUGCUUCUUUUUAAUGCUUAUUUUUGCACAAUAAGCCCAUUAACAAAGAAGGAUUUGGGAAGUUUGGAGCAAUAUCUCGGCAUCAUUCACUGGCCAUCACUGGUUGUUCGUCUAGCAGACGACCUAGGAACUUCAUCAGACGAAAUCAAGAGAGGCGACGUUCCAAAAGCAAUCCAGUGUUACAUGAAGGACACGGGGUGUUCUGAAGAGGAUGCUAGAGAUUAUAUUAAGUAUCUAAUUGAUGUGACAUGGAAGAAAAUGAACAAAGAAAUACUAAUGGAAAGCCCCUACAAAGAUUUCGUUGGUACUGCAAUGAAUCUAGCACGGAUUGGUCAAUGCAUGUACCAGUAUGGAGAUGGAUUUGGAGUUCCUCAUCUUGAGACUAAAAAGAAUAUAAUUUCGUUGAUCUUUGAACCAAUUUCCCUGCAUUUGUAA